AUGAAUUCAAGGUCUAAUAGCAAAAUAUCUCAGUUGCCAAUAGCAGCAUCUAAUUCUUUUUCGUUCACGGCUACCAGAGGUGAUCCAUUUUCUCAAACAUCAACAAAUUCGUCAUUUCCUAUUAAAUCACCAGCGACUAACGCCACGUUUUUAGUUAAACCACUGCAAACUACAAAAACAAGUGAUGUUCAGCAACCACCAACCUUAUCUGAGUCUACAACAACAAUGAUUUAUACAUCACUCCCUCAUUCUAUUCGUGUACUUCUCAGCAUUCCCAAUGUUAAUAUUUACACAUUUGGUGAAUCGUAUUUAAUUGGUUAUUGUGAUUCUGAAUAUUGUUUGUAUGUUUAUCACUGGGAUAAAUUAUUUUUGUCAAGAACCAUUGCAACUAAAAUUACUCAAGAUCAAUGUCAACGUUUACGUUUAUCAUCGCUAUCAGUAGAGCCGGUUCAACGUUUAUUAUUAAAUAAAACUGAAACGAUUCUAACUAUGUUAGCAGAAAAUGUGGCUUAUAUCGUACACUUACCACCAUAUUUAACAAAUGAGAAUGAUAAAAAUAAAAUUAUCAAAUCAACAGAAAAAUCGUCUCCAUCAUCGUUAAUUAAUUUAUUUUGUCCAAUUAUUUGUCUAUCACAGCCAUCGUUGAUGAAUUUGAUUGAUUUUAUCUGGUUGCCAUCGCCGUUUGAUCAAUAUUUUCUCGUCGCGUACUCAAAUUCUCAAUGUUUACUUUACAAACUGUCCAAACGUGGCAAGGAAUGUGAUUUAUGUCAAACAUAUUCUAUAACAUUAACAUCAAAAGAAAAGAAAAUUUCACUAAAUAGUUUACCAGAAAUAAUUAAGUUGGAUUAUGGUCAACAAAAAUAUUCUCAGGAAAAACAACAAAUGUAUUUACCAAUAUUUGCUAUAAAAACAGAUGGAAAUAUUUAUUGUUUAUAUUUAUAUGAACAAGAUAUUAUAACUAAUUCUCAUCCACCCUCAUUUACUGGUCCAUUGCGAAUCUACCCCUCUUCAUUUGAUAAUUAUGGAUGUCGUACAGCAACAAUGACCUGUAUUAAAUCUUCUUCGGGAUCAACAUGUCUUGUUUAUAUUCGUGAUAAAUUUAUUUUGAAUCAGUCACUUGUACUUCAUAAUCAAUUAACAUUAAAUGAAUCGAUUCAAGAAAAUCAUCAACAAUCAAAAGAACACGAAACGAUCUUGUACAUAAUCGAUUCAAUUAUUUUGCCAGAAAUCUCUGCUCUCUCAUCACAAAUGUUCAUUAUAUAUGAUCCACUGUCAGAUAAGCGCUAUUACGUGGCGGAUGAAUCAAACAUCUAUUCAAUUGAUAUUGAAUGGUUAGACAAUGUUAACCAAAUACAAAGUACGCCAAAUUUCUCUGAUCAAUAUCAAAAACGGAUGUCACGUUCAAAAGUUGAGUAUUUAAUGACAACAAGAUUAACUAGUGAACAGAAUAAAAAGGCAAGCACAAAAAUGCAAAAAGAUAAACGGGAUGAAAAAAUCAAAUUUAUGGGUUUAGCACAAACAAUGAAUAAUGGACAAUGGCUCUGUAUUAUAACAGAGAAUGAUUAUGGAAAUGAUAAACAUAUAACUCUUCUGCGUCCAAAUUCUGCCUAUUUGUCACCAUCGUCAACCUCAUCAGAUAUCGAUCGACCAUUAUGUCUGGUAGUAGAACCAAAACGAUCUGUUAUAAAAAACGAUGAUUUUUUUCAACAUAUUCGUUCUUUACUACAAACUCGUGAUGAAACCAUACCUCGCUUACGUUCAACAAAUUCACAAAACGCCCAAUCAGUCAUAUCUGACGAUGAUUUUGAAAAAAAUUUACAAAAAUUUAUUGAUAUUUUUACUCAAAAUUAUCUAUCAAAACAAUUGCAAGUUCAAAAAAAAUUAGAAAAUAAACAACGAUAUCUGUUCGAUUUGACACAAACUCAAUUGAUCGCUUGUCGAGAAUUAGAGACAACAUUCAAACGUGUCAAACAUCAGAGUGAUUAUUUACUAGAAGAGUAUUCACGCGAGCAACAACGUCGACAAAAUAUAGAGAAGAAUUUGAACGAUAUAUUGUCCGUAAUUGAAAAUAUAACACCGGUGUUAAGUGAUCAAGAACUAUUAAUGAAGCAGCAAUUGAAAAACUAUCAUGUACAAUUAAAACAUUUGCAAACAAAAACAAAAAUGGUCAAUGAUUUUAUAUAUGGUGAACAAAAACAAGAUGAAUCAAAAUUUGAUGAUAAAUUGUUAAAACAAUACCAGGAAUUCGUACAAUAUUUUCUAGAAAAAAUUGAAGUAAUGAAACAAAAAUUAGAUGAACUAUAA